AUGGCAGGUCUACGUGCUCUUAAGAAGUCACUAAAGGCAUCAGAAAGGUAUUAUGCAGCAAAGGAAGCUGCUGGUGGGACGUCAUCAAAGGACAGGCCAGAUGCCGAUUUCCUGAAGGAGCUGAGGAGCAUCCCCAGGAUUGCACCAUCCAUUCGUCGAUCACAACAGCCAGGAACCGAAAAAACAACGGCUCCUAUCCAUCACUCUGCCAAUGAUCCCAAUGAGUACACAUCAUCGUUCAAUCCACUCGAAGAGUUCGGAUCGUCUUUCCCUGACCCACCCUCACCAUAUUUGGGAACCAUCCCCAUUGGCCUGGACACUACGGUCGAACGAGUCAUCUGCACGCCUCUGGAUGCACGCUGGUCUAAGCAUGCUUUAAAGCGCAAAAGACAGCAUGUGUGUUGGGACAAUAUUGUCCUUCCACAGCUCAUACCUGUGUACACUCGGUGGGAGCGUUUGCAUUAUUCUGGCAUGAAGGCGACACCUAGAGCGGAUCCUUGCAACUGUGAAGGCAGCCACCAAGCACUCAAAGUCGUUUGCAUGCAGUUUGACCGCAAAGAUGAGGUUGACCUCAUGGUUUGCAAUGCCCGCCCCACUUGGCAUCAGCAAAAAAUUCUCGUCAAACUAGGGAUGUUCCCAUGUGCACCAUGUCAUCCUUCACUGGCUGUAAGCAUCGAUGUAUUAGAAUGGGUCUCACUUUUGUCCACCUUUACUGCCCUGAACAACUGCGCAUGGGCAGCUACCAUGCAAAUCGUACUUCAAAGGCACAGUUUCCAUUUCGAUGCUAAGGAUUCUCUACGCAGACGUUUUACGAAUGCCCUUAAAUAUUACCAGAGCCUCAAAUCCUUAGUCCAAGCGGAGCUCAUCCAUUUGGCACAAACACAUAUGCCUCCAUCUCAACGUCUGUCCAUGAUACUGCAAUUGCAGGAGAACGAUCUAGACACCGAUGCUGGCCCAUCUGUCUCAUCUCUCAACUCACCACACCCAGGCAAUACCCAAAAUGGGACUAAUUUCAACGCUAAGACACCGAUCAACCAUCGCAUGUAUGAGAAUGCUCAUCAUAUUCCAAGUCAAGGCACUCCCAAAGCUGAUGAUCAGCCUAGUUCCUUCCUUCAUUCUCGGUGUCCCCUCUGUUUUGGUGGGUCUCACACAAAAGCAGAGGAUGUACAGGUCAUCGUCUGCUGUGAUGCAAAUUUUCAACUAAAGCGGAUCAAAGACCAGGAUCGUUGGCACGGAAUGGAGGGGAACAUUGGUUCGAAGGAUCCUAUGUUUACUUCACCGAGGACUGUAUUUCUCUCUGAUGACUUUGUUCAGUCAUGGAAAAACCGUGUAGAGACCAUUCGCCCUCCUAAAAGGACCUCUAAGAAACGCAAGGAGCAGGCAGGGGAGAUGGUGGAUAUUGAACAUGCUCCAAAUGAUGUGGAUGACAGGAGAGAGUUGAACUUGCCUGUUCCAAACUCCACAUAUGAUGCUUGUUCCGAGUCUUUCAUUGCUGCUGAUGGCGAGCGCAUCAAGGCAUCGACAGAUUACUUUGCAAACACCGGAGUCAUGGGGAUUCUCUGUCGUCAUGAUAUACCUCUAUUCCUUGUGAACAUCCAGACAGCGGGUGAGAAACAACACUACCUAUUUGCACUCAUUGCAAAGUUCUUUGAACAUGUCCCAGACUGGUGGCAGGUUGGAAUAUUGUAUGACAUAGGGUGUCAGGGAGACCGUACCCUGAGGAAAUACAACAUUGCACCUGAGUGGCAAUCCCAAAUUGCGUGGGGUGUCUCCAUUUUUCACGCAUAUGGUCAUCAAUAUGCCUGUCAACUUUGGUACCAUCCACGUAAAUCAAAGCCCCGGGGGCUCACGGAUGGUGAAGGUUGCAAGAGGGUAUGGAGCCAACUACAACAGUUGAUACCGGGUCUUCGAGUUACUGGUCAUUAUCGCCGCCUCUUUCUAAUUGAUCUGCAGGUUGAGCACAUCGAGUCUAUGAAACUACCUGACAUUGGCAAAUGGCUUAGAGAUCACCUGAGGAGGGCCAGGGAGCGACUUGAUGUGGCUAUUGCUCGUUUGGAGAACAAUGGCAUUUCUGCCCCUGAUCUGCUGGCACAGUUUGAGGACCAGCGAUGUUAUUACAGCAAACCUUUGGAGUGCCAAUCAAAAACAGCGGCCCAGAAGCUAGUGGAUUGGGUUAUGUCAUUGAAGGCAGAACUAAGGACCCAAGAGACUCUCUAUGAAGAACUUAUCCAUACACGGCCUGGAGAUGACGAUCUUGUUCAUCAGCUUGAGUUGCAGCAAUUCAUGGAGAGGGUGGCCAAAGAAAUUCUAAGGUUGAAGGGUUUACUGGCCACAAACAUGCAUAAGCUUGGAGCACAGGGUGAUGCUACCUUGGAAGAGUUGGAGAGGCUGAAGAAGGAUGAGUGGACCAAUGAACUCAUCAAUUUUCGGGUUCUCAGGGAUCAACUUAUUCGGAAAUUGCGCUCAAGACGGUUUGAACUUAGUGUGCUCGAUCACUCGAAGGCUUGCACCAUUGACCAAAAUGUCAAGGCUCAUGUUGAGAAGGCAGCAAAGAGUCGAUUGUCUGCCAUCGAUAUUACACUGCAAAAAUAUAAUGAAAAGCUGGAGCUUUUACGGAGGCUACAGCAUACUUCUCCUGCCCAUCACAAUAAACACAUCCCACCUUUGCUCACCUGUGACACUGUCCUUCAGCUGGAUGUAGAUCAAGAUCUUUGGCAAGAGUUCUUUGACCAUGAUCCUGGGGAGGGUGAGCUUCCGAAAUGGAUGACAGAUUCCGGUGUUCGUGGGAACAUUCCCUAUGCCCAGGAAAUGGACAAUUGUCAGUCUGAGAUUUGUAGACUCACAGCAGAGCAUGCUAACCUCCGGCAGUGGUUGGCCGAGGAGUAUGCUGCUUAUUCCUCACUUUUUCAGUCCUGCCAAGAAAAGGGUAGUGUUGACAUUGCUUUUCUUGCUCUCAACUGGCUGCAUGAACUUCAUGACCUCUCAAUUCCAUGGCAGAAUCACACUCAAAAUGUCCCUUGUCCACUCAAUGCACUAAUGUGGCUGGACACCACCCCCCAAUGUCAAAGGAGGAUUUUUGUCGCCACCAUCAAGAUGUCCAACACACAGGCAUUUGGUACCCUGAUGCUGAUGGUUCGGAGGCAAAUGGUGGCAGUGAUAGUGGCAAUGAGGCAAGUCAAGAUGAUGAUGAGGAUGGUGAGAUAG